GAGGGAGGGAGGGGGAGGGAGAAGGCGGUUGCCCGCGAGUAACCCCGCCGCCGCGAGCUCCCCGCGCGACCUUUCUCCUGCAUCGGCGGUGACGCGGCGGCCGCGCGCGCCCCCUCCCCGAGCGCGGCAAGAUGGCGGCGCUGAGCAAGUCCAUCCCCCACAGCUGCUACGAGAUCGGGCACACCUGGCACCCGCGCUGCUCCUGGGCCGUGCUGCACGUCACGCAGGGGGCGCUGGCCGAGUCGCUGCGCAUCUACGGCACCCUCUACCUGAUUGCAGCUAUUCUCAGGAAACGAAAACUUGACUAUUAUUUGCACAAAAUGCUACCUGAGAUCUUGCAAUCAACUUCCUUUCUGACAGCAAAUGGGACCUUGUAUAUUGCUUGCUUUUGCAUUCUAAGGAAGCUGCUUGGGAAAUUCUACUUUUGGUCUCCUGGCUUUGGUGCUGCUUUGCCAGCUUCUUAUAUGGCUAUUCUCAUCGAAAGGAAAAGCAGGAGAGGUCUGCUCACAAUUUACAUGGCCAAUCAGGCCACAGAAACAUUGUUUCGAAUGGCAGUUGCAAGAGGAGCUAUUACACCUUUAAGACACGGAGAAGUCCUUUUGUUCUGCAUCACAGCUGCUCUGUUCAUGUUCUUUUUCAGGUGCAAAGAUGGCUUGAAAGGAUUUACAUACUCUGCACUAAAGUUCAUCGUAGGGAAAGAAGAAAUCCCCACUCAUUCAUUUUCACCAGAAGCAGCAUUUUCAAGAAUAGAUAGAAAGAUAGAGCAUUGUGAAAAAAUAUCACAGCCAAUGAACAUACUGGCUCUAACAAAAAAACUCAUGGACAAAGUGUGCAAACAUGGCCCUAGGCAUCGAUGCUGUAAACACUAUGAAGAUAAUUGCAUCUCAUAUUGUAUUAAAGGCUUCGUUAGAAUGUUUAGCAUCGGUUACCUGAUCCAGUGCUGCCUUCGGAUCCCUUCCACCUUCAGGCAUCUCUUUACUGAACCUUCCCGGCUCCUUUCGCUCUUCUACAACAAGGAAAAUUUUCAGCUUGGAGCUUUUCUGGGAUCUUUUGUUAGUAUAUACAAAGGUACUAGCUGCUUUCUGCGCUGGGUACGAAACCUAGAUGAUGAGCUGCAUGCACUUGUAGCUGGGGCUCUAGCAGGAAUUUCUAUGAUGUUUUACAAAAGUACUACUAUCUCUAUGUACCUGGCUUCCAAAUUAGUAGAGACUAUAUACUUCAAAGGCAUUGAAGCAGGGAAAGUUCCCUAUUUUCCUCAUGCAGACAGCAUCAUCUAUGCCAUUUCCACAUCAAUAUGCUUUCAGGCAGCUGUGAUGGAAGUUCAGAACCUGCGACCUUCAUACUGGAAAUUUCUUUUACGACUAACAAAUGGCAGGUUUGCUCUCAUGAACAGGAAAGUUUUAGAUGUAUUUGGUACUGAAGCCUCUAAGAAGUUCAAGGAUUUCACACCUAGGCUUGACCCAAGAUACACCGUUGUCCCACCAGAGCUACCACUUGAGCUGUCUUGAAAAUGAUAGUAUAUCUUGUCAUUAAGUGUGAUCAACGUUUUGUCCUGAAAAGUUAAUUAACUUAACAGUCAUACAUAUGGAGGAGGGCUUGGGCUCCACUUCAGUAUUAUUUCAAUGAGAAAUGCUUUUUACCAAUCAAAACCACCGAAGCUUUGUAGGAAGGUGCAGCUUAGUGAUGAAGCCCCUUCCGUACGUAAGAAAUAUUUCUGGAUCACUGUAGUUGGUUGACAGUAUGGUAGAUUCCUGAGUGAAUUAAAUUAAUGAGUAAUAUAUCUAGAGAAGAGAAGCAAAACGUAUGUAAGAUAUAAUUCUGUAUCUCAUACCAGUAGAAUAUUUCGUCAUCAAGCUAAAAAUAACUCUGAAUUUAGAAAGGAAGACAUAUUGCAUAGUUUAGGUCCAGAAUUUUACCUGAUCUUAAAACUAUUGCAUUCCGAUGAAAAUGUCUCCUCGGCUUUCUAAAUCAUAUCACUGAUUUUUCUUAAAAGAGACACUGCCCGCUCUAUUUAAAAUGACAAUACUUUCACCUGGCUACGGUGGCAAAAGAAGGCAUUGCUUAGUAAAAGAAAAUGCGUAUUAGUUUCUAAAGCACAUUCCAGGGCUGGAAAUCCCACCGAUGUUACGGAUAACGGACAGGGAAGCAUAAAAAGGCAAGGGCAGUGCCUCGCGCGCCGUAAGGAGCAGCAGGGUGGGGUAGGUAGCAUCUGCCAGAUGGCGCUGGAAGCAGCAGACAGUUACAAAAAUAAAAGAAGCCAAGAACGAAACAAAAAAGCCCAAAAUAUACUGAAAUUAAAUGUUUAUUUUUAAAGGGCUCGACAGUGUCUUUUUAGAUGGGAUUGGCUUGUUUGUCAGGCUGCAAUACCAGCCGGCGUUUCCAGUGGCCUUUAAAAGGGAACUGACCCCUGAGGUUCAACUGUCACAAGAAGACAGUUUUGGCAGUCGUAUUAAUAGUAUUUUUUCCUUGUCCUUUUCCGUUGGUCUGUCAGACAGCCAUGACUGUGACAAUUACAUUAAAUUUAAUAUGGUACUCAGUGCAAAUAAACACCUUCUCAGAUUCCAUCUAAUUUUUACAUUGCGUAUGGCUGCAGAUAAUAGUUUGUGCACUAAAGUGAGACCUUGACAUGCUGAUUACCUUUGGGGGUUUUGUUGUGUUUUGUUUUUUGUUUUUUUAAAAGAGUCCAUUCAGGCCAUGCUGAAUGAUGUUCGUUACCCUUGCAUCUUAAUGAAAAGCUCAACUAUACUCACAUUCAACUAAAAAGACACCUGGUAAGCCUGGGAGUGGAGCUUACAGUAUGUUGCAUGGAUUUUAAAAAGGAAAAGAAGAAAAUGGUCUAUAUACUGGAAGUUUUUAUCAGAUAAUGUGAAUUGGAUUACUUAGUGGAAUCUUUGUCUUGUAACUGUAAUCCUACCCCAGCCUUAAGCAUAUUUUAAUUCCUAUUAGUUUAAUUUCUUAUUACUGAACAGGCAGUAAUUUUUAUCAGAUUUACAGAAAUGUCAUGAAAAUCAUACCAGUCUGUGCACAAAAUCUGCUUUUUCAUCAGCUACUGUAACAAUGAUGCUUUAUCAUUGUUACUAAAGGUGCUUUAUCCUUUGUUAAAAUAGCAGUUGUCCAAGUUAGUGCGAGUAGAGUUUUGCAAGCUAGUUUAUAUGCAAUAUUUUAUUGCUUGAGAUAUUAAAUUAAAAUUCCUCAAAAGGAAAUAAAAGUUAAUUCCAUAAGGACCUUAAAAGGAUUGUAAUACGUUUGUAGUGUUUUUCCACUGGAAUAUGGUCUAAAAUAUUUGACCUUGUAAAGUCUGAGAAGUAUAUAUUUUAGGUAAUAUGUUAGAACUCACACACUAUAUUAUGAAUACUUUCUCGUAUAACUAUAUACCAUUCUCAAACUUCAAAAUAUUUUAUAAAUGGAUUAAUUUUCUUCACUGGAAUGACAAUUGUGAUUGUUUCUCUGUUUGAGGUAAAACCUGCAAGUGCUACAUCUCAGCAGCUAAACAACAGUUUUGUCUAAGUGUUCUUGUUUCCAAAAGCCUUGUUUCCAGUUAUUUUCAUGUAAUAUAAAAAAAUAAAACGUUUUAAAUUAUUUUUAUUCAAAUCAAGUAUAUGUAAGAAAGAAAAAGAUAAAGUCCUAAUGUCUUUCCCGAUAAUAAACAGUUGCUGCUUGAAAAAUAA